CUCAGGAACAGAGAGGGAGUGGACUUUCGGCAGGGUAGCCUUUGUCACACAUCUCUGAAGACAGUAUAGGUGUUUUAACACCUAUACAGCUUCAAAUAUUAAUAUAACACAGUACCAGAAACAGAGAGCUUGUGUCUCACAACUGUUUUUUGACAUCAGUUUACCAAUUUGGAGCAUUCUAUCAGAGGAAAAUCCAAAUCUUUGGAUGCUGUUCUUUGAGAUUUCUGGAAAAUUGAGGACUGGGUGUCAUAGCCAUGAGUGGGCUCAAUGAAAAGGUUGUGAGAGUUGGAACACUCUCCUGUCUUCUCUUCGCCGUUAUCAGCUUUAACUACAUAUAUUCAAGGUACCCAUCAAAAAAAGUGGUCGACCUGUCACCAGACAAAGAAGAACAACAUAGACAGAUCAUAGAUAUGGAUAACACACUUGACUUUGGGGCCAGAACGGAUGUUAAGACAAGAACAACUUGGAUGGCUCCCAUCAUAUGGGAGGAAAUGUUUGACCCUCAUUAUUACAAUCAAAUGCACAUUCAUCUCCAAUCGUCUGUGGCACUCACUGUGUUUGCUGUAGGCAGGUACCUGGAUGCCUACAUCAAGACCUUCCUCAUUUCUGCAGAAAAACACUUCAUGUUGGGAUUACCAGUGACAUAUUACGUGUUUACAGAUACACCAGAGAAGGUUCCAAACAUUGAACUUGGUCCUCUGCGAAAAUUGAAGGUUAUCAUGGUAGAAAAGCAUUCCAGGUGGCAGGACAUCUCUAUGGUGCGAAUGCGGACAAUAUCAGAAAUCAUAGAGUCAGAGAUUCGUCACAGCUUCAGAUAUGUGUUCUGCUUUGAUGUGGAUCAAGAGUUUAAAGGGAGAUUUGGCCCAGAAGCUUUGGGGGAGUCAGUGGCCUUGCUCCAUGCCCACUAUUACAAACUUCCAAAGUACAGGUUCACCUAUGACAAACACCCUAAUUCCAAAGCAUUCAUGGAAACCGGAGAUUUCUAUUACCAUGCUGCAAUCUUUGGAGGGUUUUGGAAAAAUGUAAAGAAUUUGACAGAUGUCUGCUAUCAGAGAAUCAUGGAGGACAAAAUGAAUAAUGUGGAGGCUGAGUGGCAUGAUGAAAGUCACCUAAACAAGUACUUCUGGAUAAACAAACCAAGCAGGCUGCUCUCCCCUGAGUAUUGCUGGGAUUUGACACUUCCUGCUUAUGACAUACGCGUCACCCGUCUGAUAUGGGCAGAAAAAGAUUAUGACAGACUUCGUGAAACGUAAGACCUUCACAGCUUUACAGCAGAGAGACCAUCUUCUUAAUGACAAGAAUGACCACUUUGUGGUUGUGUACCUGUCAUGCACAUCUGUCCUGACGAAUGACAUGAGGGUUUCAUUGCUCCCAUCUAUUAAAACUCAUUGGCUGCCAUUGACAUCAAUAGACUUCAAUUCGACCACUACUCUGAAAAUGGCUGGCAGCCAAUGAGUUAAUACUACCUGCUUCUUGCACUAAGCUUCCUGUCAUCCUAAGUGUACAAACUAAGUAUAGAAUGACUGCCUUAUUUAAAUGAACAAAAGCAAGAAGUGAAAAAAAGCACCUCCUACCAACCUUAUAUGAGUCUAAGAAGUGCUCCUACACAAAGAGUUCUUUGCAAGUGCAAACUUUUUUGAUUUAGAAAAAACACUAUCAAUUUUUUGCUCACGCCCACAGUGGGCCGGUCUGAUUCUUGGUGGUGUGGGUAUCUAUUAGAGGUUAGCAGUGUAGCAUCUGGUUGAUUAUUAACAACCAGUGAUUUGGCAGGGGAUACGAUUAAAUAAGUGUAAUCUUCUUUUCUUCUUCCCACUCCACAACCUAUUAACAAGUCUUUAAGUGUUCACAGUUUGUUUUAAUUAUUCUUUUAUUAUUAUUAGUAUUAUAUGUUUUAUCUUUUAUUUUCUACCUGUUGUUUUGUGGUUUUUACUAUAUUCUGAAUAAAAUUUCAUCCAUUCAUAUAAUCACUUCA